UAAGGGCGCGAUUUUCUUGUCUCUACGGAUCUCUCUGGCUCACUCCCCAUCUCUAUCUCUGUGAAGUCCGCCAUUGUCUCUUUCGAAUCAGAUUCGCACUUCUCACUGCGGAAAAUCUCUGAUUAAACGGGAGAAUUGGACCACUUUUAUUGGGGAUUACGUGUUCCUUACCCUAAUUUUUUGUUUGAAAAGCUUGUAUUCAUUGAUGAUGCUUGGCAAGCAAGUGGUUGUUUGUUGAAGGGCUUUUGUAGGACUCGUCUACCAGAGACAAUGAUAAGCAGGCAGCAUUUGCUGACUUAUAUUUAUCUCCUAGUCUACAUAUUGCUUUCAUCAGGGGUUAUUUUGUACAACAAGUGGGUCCUUUCAACAAAGUACUUCAAUUUUCCAUAUCCGAUAACCCUCACCAUGAUUCAUAUGGGAUUUUCUGGUGCAGUUGCAUUCUUUCUCAUUCGAGUUUUCAAGGUUGUUUCUCCUAUUAAAAUGACAUUCAAAAUAUAUGCAACUUGUGUCAUUCCUAUAAGUGCCUUCUUCGCAGCUAGUUUAUGGUUUGGCAACACGGCUUAUCUGUACAUUUCUGUGGCCUUCAUCCAGAUGCUUAAAGCCCUGAUGCCAGUGGCUACAUUCCUCACUGCAGUUGUCUGUGGCACUGACAAAUUAAAGUAUGAUGUGUUCUUGAACAUGGUGCUGGUCAGUGUUGGAGUCGUCGUUUCCUCAUAUGGGGAAAUUCAUUUUAAUGUGCUGGGUACAGCUUAUCAGGUCAUGGGAAUGUUUGGUGAAGCUCUCAGGCUGGUCUUAACACAAGUUCUUCUACAGAAGAAGGGAUUAACUCUAAAUCCUAUCACCAGCUUAUAUUACAUAGCACCAUGCAGCUUUGUCUUUUUGUUUGUUCCUUGGUAUUUUCUGGAGAAGCCUGUAAUGAAUGUCUCACAGAUUCAAUUCAAUUUCUGGAUAUUCUUCUCAAAUGCACUAUGUGCUCUGGCUUUGAACUUCUCGAUCUUCUUAGUAAUUGGUAGAACCGGAGCUGUAACUAUCCGUGUUGCCGGAGUUUUGAAAGACUGGAUUCUCAUUGCCCUUUCAACGGUUCUAUUUCCCGAGUCUGUGAUUACUGGGCUCAAUAUAAUUGGUUAUGCGAUAGCUCUCUGUGGUGUUGUCAUGUAUAACUACUUGAAGGUCAGGGAUACUCGUGCAUCUCAAAUUUCUUCUGAGAGUCUCCCAGAUAGAGCAGUAAAGUAGUUGAAGAUGGAGAAGGCAUCUGAUCUAUAUGUCCCCCAAUGUUAAUCGAAACAAUAGAAGUGGUGGGAGGAAUGGUUCUGCUCCUGAUUCAGAUGUGGAUGAAGAAGCUGGCAUAAUUCCUCCUUUCAAGGAUGUCUCGUGUAGCAGCUAUACGGCCUAGGAGCUGAUAAAAAAUUGCAGAAAGUAGCCAGUCAAACUAUACAUUCAUUUUUGUUCUUAAAUGUGGAUACAAUAUAUAUUUUUUUUAACAUAGCAUCUUUUCAUACGAGUACUAUACACUAAUCUGCCUAA